UAUAUAUUUACCCCCAAGUCCCGACCUUGUAGAAUAGAUAUGUGUGGUUAAAGGUGAAGUUAUUUGUAUGAUGAACCGUGAAUCAAUCAAGGACAAGAAAAUGAAAUGAAAUCCCAUACAAAUGAACACUCAUGAGUCAUGGGUCCUCUUUCCACGCUCCUCUCAUUUUAGAUAGCCAAUUUCAAUUCUAUCCCCAAUAUUCAUUCAUUUAUCCGGAGCAACAACGUAACAAUGGCACAAGGAAUAACCCUUUCCAUCUUCUUCCUCCUCUUCAUCAUCACAUUCAUCUCCUCUACAGAUGCCCUUAUCCACCACAAGAUCCCAAGAAGCCAUCUCAAUAGGAGGCAUGUGAAGCCCUUAUCAGCUUUUGUUCCUAGAUAUGAUUGGAUCCAACAAGAGUUUUUCCGGGCUCGCAACAAUCUCCGGGCAAAGGUUGGAUCCCCGCACCCGCAAUGGGACUCCACCCUCGCCAAGUUCGCCCAGGAUUGGGCGGUCCGGCGCAAGAAUGACUGCAACUAUAGGACCCACUCCAACCAUGGCAAGUAUGGGAAAAACAUUUUCUGGCAGCUCUACAAAGAGUCCACCCCACGGGGUGUGGUGCGGUCGUGGUUCCAGGAGCAAACGCAUUUCGAUCACAGGAGAAACGUCUGCGUUUGCAGGCCCGAGAGGGUCGGGUGUGGUUGCAGUACUGAUGACAUGGAUAAUCAAUAUGAGAAUCCGAAUGGACCGCCUACCUACGAUUAGACCACCUAAACCCCUCCAUAACCCCCAAGUAAAUACUAUAUUAAACUACCUUUACUACCCCACUUUUACACCUUCAUUGCCUACUAAAUAUCCUAUUAACCACUCCUUAAUUAUCCCAUUAUAACUUGAUAUUUAGCCACCCAACGUCUAGCCCAUUAUUACCCCUUAUUUUCCUAUUAAAUCCUAGUAAUUACUCAUUCGUUACCCCAUUAUAAUCAUUAAUCCCCUUAGUUCUUAUCCACAGAAUACCGUUGCACUCUUUCUACUAUAAAACCAGGAAAGCAAAGAGCAAGGGGGGCACAUAUUAUUCAUCCCCACACAUAGAGGACUCUUCCCCAUCACCACGAGAAGGCUCAUUUCCUACAAGGAAGGCAUCACUCACUCAAGC